AGAUCAAAUGCACCUCCGCGUAUGCUUGGUAGCAACAGGCUUGGUGCCAGCACACGGAUUUCUCUCUUACAGGCCCUUUCAUCAUCGUCGAACCCCAUUCAACACCGCCAGACCCAUCAUGUCUGCAGCUGGACACGGCACGGACAUGAACGUGCUUCCGGCCAGCGCGUUGUCGUUCAUGAGAGUGGUGGGCAAGCUGAAGGAGCUCAAGAGGACCGGCUGGGUUCAUCGAGGAGUCGCUAAACCAGAGUCGGUGUCCGAUCACAUGUAUCGCAUGGCAAUGUGCUCCUUCCUCAUCACGGACCCGACAUUGGAUCGAUCGCGCAUUAUGAAACUGGCGAUGGUACACGAUCUCGCCGAAGCCCUGGCGGGAGACAUCGCGCCCUUCCAGAAGGUCUCUAAGGAGGACAAGCGUCGCCUGGAGGAGGAAGGGCUAGACAAGAUAUGCGCAACCAUUGGCAGCGAUCCCAUCGCUCUAGAGAUCAAAAAGCUGUGGUAUGAGUACGAAGACUGCACGUCCGAGGAGGCGAGGGUGGUCAAGGACUUGGAUAAGCUGGAGAUGAUUGUCCAGGCAGACGAUUACGAGAAAGGUCAAGGACUCGACCUGGGCGAGUUUUUCGAGAGCACCGAAGGGUGCUUCACCACCCCCCAGGUGCAGUCGUGGGACAAGGAACUGAGGGAGCAACGGGCUGCCCGUCGACAAGAAGCAAAACCAUCCAAUCAGCCACCAGCAACGACGUCAGAUUCGUGCACGAAAACCUCGGUCGAGAAGGGGGCAGCAAGAGGGGAUACCGGCACCUGCGACCCUAGCCCAGACCCUUGA